UGUGCACCGGUCUCAGUGAGGAAAGCGCCACGUUGGAAUGAACAGAGGAACAGACACCAUGUCCUGUCUCCACAUCAGAGGGGUUUUCCUCACUCUGUGUUUGGCUCCAACUGCUUUGUCGAGCCUGCACCCUGAAUGCGAGUACAUAUAUCAGCUGGAGAAAGAGGAGCGUCACUGCCUUCAGUACAUUGCAGAGCAGGGCAACAGAAGCACAGAAGGUUGUCAGCCAUUCUGGGAUGCGGUCGCCUGCUGGCCUCAUGCAGCCGUUGGGGAGACAGUCCAGAGAGCUUGUCCUGCUGUCCUCUCCCUCUUCAGAAACAACACAGGUUCAGUGAGUCGAAACUGCACCAGUGGAGGUUGGUCCAUGCCUUUCCCACCGUACCUCGUUGCCUGCAGCGUGGAUGAUGACAUUCCUGAGACAGAGCAGUCGUACUUUGCCACAGUGAAGCUGAUCUACACCGUCGGCUACAGCAUCUCUCUCGUGGUGCUGGUUGUUGCUGUGUUGAUCCUGUUGCUCUUCAGGAGGCUCCGUUGUGCCAGGAACUUCAUUCACAUCCAGCUCUUCAUCACAUUUAUCCUGAAAGCUGUGGCAGUUUUCAUUAAGGAUGCAACUCUCUUCUCCAGUGAUGACACCAACCACUGCACCCUUUCCACGUUUGCCUGUAAGGCCGCUGUAGUCUUCUGUCACUACUGUAUAAUGUCCAAUUUUUUCUGGCUCCUGGUGGAGGCGCUCUACCUCAAUUCCCUGCUGCUCUCGUCCUUUUAUCACAGCCGUCGGUGCCUCUGGGGCUUCAGCCUGCUGGGAUGGGGUGUACCUGUGCUCUUCAUCAUGCUGUGGAUUGGAUCCAGGCUGUAUUUUGAGGACACAGAAUGUUGGGACAUCAACGAGGACUCGCCCUAUUGGUGGAUCAUCAAGGGACCUAUUGUUGUGUCCAUAGCGGUCAACUUCAUUCUCCUCAUGAACAUCAUUAGAAUUCUGAUACAGAAGCUGAAUCCCCGGCUGAUCCACUUCAAUAACUCCUCUCAGUACAGACGCCUGACGAAGUCCACCCUCCUCCUCAUCCCUUUGUUUGGCACUCACUACAUGGUCUUCAAUUUUCUGCCCGACUACUUCAAUGUUAGCCUGCGCUUCUGUAUCGAGCUCUGCAUUGGAUCCUUCCAGGGGCUUCUUGUAGCGAUCCUCUAUUGCUUCCUCAAUCAGGAGGUCCAGAAAGAGGUCCACAUGCAGUGGCUGAGGUGGCAGGAGCGGAGCUAUGGUGUGGUGUCACCUGCUGCAAAAUGCAGCCAGAUGGACACACCCUUCUAGUGGUGGCCCUCACUCUUCUCUUAUAGGUCUUCAGCUAAUAAGACAUUCACCAAGAAUUGCUUCUGUGCAGGUCACUGGCUCCAGCGGGUGUUGGCCACGUCUGAACGUUUUCAUCCCAAACUCAUUGUUAGACUCUAUUCUGCUGACCGUGUUCCUUCAGCCAGUAAAGAGUUGCUGAGAUGAACCUUCUAUUAGAGAAUGAUCCUGAAAUCAUUUGACAUUUUACACACAUUUCAAGACAGAGCUUGUGAAUCUCGUAUGCAUUUCCCAUAAGACACUGUGGUAACAACUUUAUAAAGAUCAGCUCCGAGAUUUCCUCGUAGCCUCACUGGUCAAAUUAAAGAAUUGCAAAGUUUGCAGAGCUGAGAUUUAGCCUAAUGAUAGAAGAAUAAUCAAUUACCAAGUAAAUAGUUUCACCAGAUAACCCACAAACUGACAAACUGUCUUGCUCAGUGUUUAAUGCAAUCACUGAUGCUGUAGCAAAACCUGCUGGACAUUUGAUAUCCAGACUUUUUCCUAUGGAGCCGACCCACAAAUGAUUCAUCACUCAGCUGAGUAGCCAUCAUUAGGGAUGCACCAAUGCGAUACUGAUGUCUGAUAUCUGUCCAAUACUGAUUCAAAGAGCUGGAUUAGGUAUCAUGACAAUGGGGCCCGUUUUAUUAAGUUCAAUUCCAUGUGUAUCUCUGAUUACAUGUGCACAUACUACGUAAUGUCUCAGCAGUGCUGGUAGUCCACAUAGCAGAGUAUAAUAUAUAAAAAAAUAUAUACUGUAAGAAUGAUCCCAGUCACUUCAACACAGUGAGGCAUACAGCUCAUUAAUAAAACACUGGUAGCAGUAUCUGGACUGAAAACAUUGGAUUGGUGCAUCCCUGGUUAUGUUUUAUGACUUUCAUAUUAUUCAGUGCUAUAAUAACAUUGUAUUACAUAAUAUAUUACUCAUAUUAUCUCAGACUGUGGGAGGCAUUCUUUGAUUUUUAUGAGUUGUUCAGCACACAGGGAGAUUUUCCCUAAGUGUGUGUAUGCUUUGUUGUGGUCUUUGUAUUUAUUUAAAAAGAAAUUUGGUGUAAUAUUAUUUAUUUAUUUAUUUAUUUAUUUAUUCUCAAUAAGGAUCAAGGUCAAAAUCAAAUACCUCACUUGCAGCUUAAUGAAUGAAUAUCUCAAAGUGUACUCGUGAUCAGCUGAGGCAUCAGCUACUACAGCCUGUUCUUUUUUCCUUUUGAGUGAAAACCUGGACACCCUUGAACUUUGAUGGCACAACGUUGAGAGCCACUUCACUGUGUACUUGUACUUGCGUGUUGUGUGUUGUCAUGUCAUGUGGUCGCUUCCACCAAUAUGAAAGAAA